CACCCAAGCUGCUGUCUGUGGACACAAGACAGGAGACCAACCACUCCAUCCUGGUCACAUGGGAGGUGGCUUACGAUGGGGGUUCACCCAUCACCCAGUUCAUCAUCACUGUCUCCCCUCACUCCCCACGUACCCGUCGACAGGAGGGGGGCGUGGUCUACCAUGUGGACUCCUCUGUCGGCUCUCUGCUGACAAGGCCACUGGAGACUGGGAGGAGGUACCUGGUGACCCUCUCUCUGGAGAAUUCUCGCGGGGAACAGAGCUACAGCCUCAGUGAGUAUGUUGGUCAUGUGGAGAGUGUUUCGUGUGACUUUGAGUCUCAGCAGGUCUGUCCGUGGAGACUGGAGGGAGGGACACUCACUGACACACCUUCAGGU